CUGUUAUAUAUUGUUGCUGUUCAUUUCAGGAUUUUGAUAUUCAAAUCAUUUUUGUGAAAGUCAGUCGAUAACCGGAAUCAUGAGGGAGUGUAUUUCUGUUCACGUUGGUCAAGCUGGAGUCCAGAUUGGCAAUGCCUGCUGGGAACUCUACUGCCUCGAACACGGCAUUCAGCCUGAUGGCCAAAUGCCGUCAGAUAAGAGCUUAGGAGGUGGAGACGACUCAUUCAACACCUUUUUCAGCGAAACAGGGGCUGGGAAGCAUGUCCCAAGAGCUGUAUUCGUGGAUUUGGAG